AUGGUUCAGCGACAUAUUCAUUCAUUCGCCUGGGCUCCUCGUGACGCUCUGCCUGCCACUGUCCAGAUGUCCAGUGCCCAGGUUGCCGCCACUGACGACUUGCAUUUCAAGCCUGACUACCUUCCUGGCCACCAACUACGAGCUGUCUUCAUGGAAUGA